GUACAAUAAUUUCCCUUUAAGUACGUUUAAAUGGAAAUACUUUGAGUAUAGUGUUGAGUAAAUGAUUCCACCGCUGAACAGUACAACCUUUUGCAUCUCCUUACAGAUACAGCAGCUAGUUGUAUCGAAGUCCAAUGUAACUUUGCUGGUAGGCUAAAUUCUGUAGCACAGCCACGACUACAUAUCCCAGAAUCCUUUGCGCUCCAAGCAGGAAGAACGUUCUCUCGCAGGGGCACACACUGAUCCAAGUUAGGAGCUUUCAGCUGCCAGCCUUGGCCCAUCAUGUAAGUGCUGCGGAGAUUUCUUUGCAGUGCAAUUGCAAAAUUACCUCCUUUUCCCGACGCCUGUGGGGACUGUGCAUUUGUUACAUCGUUCUUUGCACGGACACGCGCGGGUCGGACGCAAAAAGGCUCCAAGUGCAUGAAGAUCGAGGCUUGUAUUCUGCAUCUUUGUUGCAAAGCAAGCCGCUGAAGCUCCAGCGCGAGGGCGAUGGAGGGAGGGAGUGAGAAAGAAGGCAAAGUCUUUUGUGCUUCCCCUCCCCCUCAUCAAAGCAAAGGGGAAAUGUCUCAGCCAAAGGGAGGUAAGAAGAAGCCAAUGCUCAAGCUCCCUAGGGAGGUGUUUGACCAGCCUCCUCCCGCGGCAGUGCCCCCCAGAGAUUUGGAUUCAAAAGCUUAUGUAACCAUCGGAGAGAAGAAUUUCGAGGUAAAAGCAGAUGACCUGGAGCAGAUCAGCGAGCUUGGUCGAGGCGCGUACGGCGUGGUGGACAAAAUGAGGCAUGUGCCCAGUGACCUCAUCGUGGCUGUGAAGCGGAUUCGGGCCACAGUGAACACUCAGGAGCAGAAGAGGCUGCUCAUGGACCUGGACAUCUCCAUGAGGACGGUGGACUGUUUCUACACGGUCACCUUCUACGGAGCGCUGUUCAGAGAGGGCGACGUCUGGAUCUGCAUGGAGCUGAUGGACACCUCUCUCGAUAAGUUCUACAAGCAGGUGAUCGAGAAGGGCAUGACCAUCCCCGAGGACAUCCUGGGAAAGAUCGCUGUCUCAAUAGUAAAAGCUUUGGAGCAUCUGCACAGCAAUCUGCAGGUCAUACACAGAGAUGUGAAGCCCUCCAACGUGCUGAUCAAUACUCAGGGCCAGGUGAAGAUGUGCGACUUUGGCAUCAGUGGCUACCUGGUCGACUCCGUGGCUAAAACCAUGGACGCUGGCUGCAAACCCUACAUGGCGCCGGAGAGGAUCAACCCUGAGACGAACCAGAAAGGCUACAACGUCAAAUCUGACAUCUGGAGUUUAGGAAUAACAAUGAUCGAGCUCGCCAUCCUGCGCUUCCCGUACGACUCGUGGGGCACGCCUUUCCAGCAGCUGAAGCAGGUGGUGGAAGAACCUUCGCCUCAGCUUCCUGCCGACCAGUUUUCUCCAGAGUUUGUGGAUUUCACCUCUCAGUGCUUAAAGAAAGUUUCCAAAGAGCGACCGACUUACACAGAACUCAUGCUGCACCCCUUCUUCACCUCCCAUGAGGCCAAAGAAACCGACGUGGCUAGCUUUGUGAAAGUCAUUUUAGGGGAUUGACUUUCCACACUUGCACAGGAGUGGAGGGAGGAUCUGUUCAGAAGAAGAAGAUAAACAAAAAGCACCAUUCGCAGCCCUUGUUACCUGCAGGACCCCUCCCUCGCCUUGCCAUAAUCUCACUCCACCCUCCAGAACCAGACAGACGGAGCCCAGAGGAGAAGCUGAUGAAGCAGAGCGAGGAGGUUGACCCCGCCCCCACCUGGCCUCUGUGCCCUCUGUAUGUUACCUGAUCUGGGAGGGGUUGGGGAGACGGGUGCCUCUCAUAUAAUCUGGAAUCAUUUAAGAUGUUUGAAUGCAAAACCUCCCUCUUUGGUUAGAUUUGUCCUGCCUCUGUGCACCGCCUGCUCCUCAAACAUUGUUGCUAUCAGUCAGAAAGUUGACUGUGUAGCUGGUCAUAAUUUUUUUUUUUUUUUUUUUGCUCAAAAACAAAUGAAAAGAGGAGCAGAUUAUAUAAAAUAUGAAUGAUAUAGUGCUAUCUAUGUAUAAUCUAAAUGGUUGUAUACUCAAAGCAAGUGUUGCAUCGGUUUAGUAAUUGACUGCAUGUACAGAAUAUAUCUCUGUGUGAGACCAGGCUCAGACGGCCAGUGAGGAGCAGUUAUAGAGUCCGAUCUCUGAAGACAUGCAGACGUGCAGCACACAGCUGGGUACUGCACUUCAACUGCUCUCCCUUGAUUACAGCAGAUGUCUACUACACAUUUUGGGCUCGGGCUGCCUGUGUGCAAGUGUGUUUUUGUGUGUGUGACAUGGUGCAUGAUGUGCGUGUGUGUGUUUGUGUCGGGCUGCACGAUUCUGGAUGAACUUAGAAUCACAGUGUUUGAGCUCGGCGCUGACAUACUGACUUUAUGACAGGUUUCCUCUGCAGUCUGGUCGUGCCAGUCAGGGGUCGUCAGCUACAGUGAAUUAACUUCCUGUUGGAGGCGCUUGCGGCCGGGAUGCAGGGUAGCUCUCGUGACAUCGGUACCUUCAUGCUGUAUCUGGUUUUAGCAUGUUAGCAUCUAAAAAAAAAUCCAUCACAAAACAGUAUGACUUUUUUGUCAGUACUUGGGUUGGAUGCAUUAUAUCCUUGAUCCCCGUUCUGUGUCCUGUUUCUCACCGUGGGCCUGUGCAAACAGUAGAAGGGUGUCCUUUCAGAACAAAAAUAUAUAUUUUCAGUGGAAAAGUCCUUGUUUGUGGCUGUGUAAAGCACAAAUAUCUGUCUCUGUAGGUUAGCUCGGCAUAAAUUUACAUGGGCCAACUGUCAAAAGUGCAUCUUAAAAUGUACGACACUAUGUGAAGCAGCAACAAACGUGUGAACACAUCUGCCACUCCAGACGCCGAUGUGGUAUAAAUUGUAUGCAGUAUAACAGAUGCAGUCAGCUGGUUUAAACAAAGCAAAGUACACGUGUUCUUGGCUUUACAGUUCAUCUUAAUUGAACUUUACAAACUGCCUAGAUGGUUAGAGGCUCCUAGUUUGAUGCAGAACACCAAUCGGCCAACACAAAUCCAUGACAGCCUGAAGUUGUGCAGAGGUACAGGAUGAACUGUGAUUCAGAUGCAGCCAGUUGUGCAGCCCUGCCUAACACAUGCAUUUUUAAGUGAGGUGUGUGUUGACAUUGUGGUCGGCUGUGGGAGAAGACAGCCCGUAUUCUCCUUGUUGUGUGUACUGAGCCAAUCACAACCCCCUCCGCUUCUUGUUCAACAUGAAAAGAACUGGAUAUUAUUAAUAUUAUAUUAAUUAUUGUUGUUAUUAUUUAGACCAGUUUUUUUCCCCGGACAUAUUUCCUGCAGUUUUUCUUAUUUAUUACGACUGCUGUUUUCCCUCUGGAAACUUGACCGACCUAUUAGACUUCUCUUGUGUGUUGUGUGGGCUGUGUAUGUUUUUGUUGUGUUCUUCUUGGCUCAACACAUCGAUGCUUUUAAACUGUAACCUGCAAGCCUUCUAUGUGCCUCUCUAGAAAAGACUAAGGAAAACAAUACAUUGUACUAUGGAUGACGCAGGGAUCUCGGCCUUCCUUCCUCUUCACACUCUGCAUGUCUCUGUAUUUCCACUUCCUGUUUGCUUCCAUGACUUUGUGCCUCUCGUCGUAGAUCGAGAUUAUUUUUCUUCCAUAUGUUUGUGCUCAUCUCUGCUGUCGACCUCGGUUCGUGGUGGUUCCUAAUGGCAGAAAGCGUCAGGUGCCCGUUAACAGUAGAGCCCAGCUGCGGCCUUUAGUUGUUAUGCAAGUGCUACUCUAUAGUCAAACACAGCUGGAAAAUUCAGCUUCUUGCCUAUACAUUUUUUUUUUUUUUGCUGACUUCACUAGACUUUCCACAUUUGUGUCAGUCCAGUCAUUCAUUUCAGCUGUGCUGAACUGGUUUGCUGUUUAAAGGCUCAGUCUGUGAUGUAGAAGAAAGAAAGGACUGAAAUGGGCUAUAACUCCGAUUUUGAUUGGCAUGACUUAUUUUUAACCUUUUACAACAGGUCGCUGCCACCAUGUUACAGUAGGUAUGUCAGCUUUUUUUGUUUGUGGUACUAGACUAAAGCAGAACAAUGCUUUGGGCCUGAAAGAUGCUGAAACACUCCAUAGAGCUGAGGGACAGAUUCUCUGAGUUUGUCCCAACAAGUGACACCUUUCACACUGCACGUUAUAAUUUGAUCCUGUAUCAGUAUAAAAUAUUAACUAAUGCAGCUGUUGAAGGUUUUUCACACAAGUAAUAUUUAUAGUAGCAGGAAAACAAACAUAGAAUUUUAAUUAUCAUCCUUUAAGGCACUGUGUGUAGAAAUUUUCAUCCUCGCCCUCGAGUGGUGAUGCCAGAGUCACACUGUGGCAAAUGGGAAACAUUUGAUAGAUUUAAAGAUCUCAAAGUCCCAAAAUGUUAUCUUUAUUAUAUCUUGUGAUUGGAUGACUUUUUAAAAAUCAUUUUUGGGACUGUGGGGCUCUGCAGAAAGAUUUCACAGUCCAAAAAAAAGCCAGAUGCAGCGGCUUUAAUAAUGUUCAGUUAUGCAAAUGUACCUGCAGGCUACCUGCUGACACCAGUCACAGAUUGGGCCUUUAACAAAUUAAACCACAGUGUUCCACCUAAUCUUCAGUACAUUCAUUUGCAUUUUUAUCUCCUACAAAAUCAUAUUCUCUCUUUGCUGUUUUGCUGCCAUUCAAAACAGUUUUGUCCUUGGCCCAGUACAGUCUGCUCUGUCAACUGGACAUGUUCACCAGUAAGUUUCCUGUUUUGCAGUAGACAGGCGGCCUUCCUUUCACCCUUCACACCACAGUCUCCUCCCUGCUGGGCUUUCAGUUCACUGUCCAGCAGGGAGGAGACUCCUUAAAGUUCCUCAAAGUGUUAUUUAGACACAAACUGUGGGCUCGUUCAGCUUCCUUCUCUCAUCACUUGCUGUGCUGAACUGUUUCCCUCCUCUAUCAGUCCCUCCCAUCACAGCUGAUUCUGCUCAGAGGUAGUUCACACAUCAUGGUUACGAUUGCGUUUGUUCCCCUACAUGCAUUUUCUCAACUUUUCCUUUGCAGUGAACAUGCGUCAGAGGGUAGGAGGCAAUCUGUCAGACGCAACUCACUGCCAGCGUGGGCUCUCUCAUUAGUACAUAUGCUCUUAAGUGUUUUAUUGCACGAUGAAAUGAAACAUUCAAGUCACACUGUUCCUCAGCAGUUAAAAAGUCGUUUUGGUACAGAUCUGUCAUAUUCACCCCGCAUGUUUUUUGUGGGGGGUCAUCUGGACAAGGCGCUUCUGUAGCGUCUCAUGCAGAGCUGAACCAGAGUUGGUCUUCAAAUAAUCAGAAUCAUUUUCAUUAAUUUAGCAAAUGUGACCAAAGACCAGGAGCAGAACAGCGAGAGCUCGUGUGGAGCUGCUCUCAGGGGGGAGUCUUUGAGGAGGGGGGCAGUUAGUGCAGACCUCCUUUCUGCUCAACAAGCCUCCACCUGCUGAAAAGCACUUCCAUUCAUCAUCAUCCCGUGCAUGGUCGCGUAGCAGUGGUUUCGGUCUGUGUGGUGUUUGUAUAAGUGCCUAACAGUGCAUUGAAACACUCAUGUUUUUGUGACUGAUGCUUAAAAACUGUCUGUCCUUCAGUUCCUCUUGGGAGCUGAUGCUGCAUGUUGCUGUGAUGUUUUGCACUGUACCGAGGAGCCAGUUCGCACAUCACCUGAUGAAUGUUUUACUGUAAGAAAACGGUCAUUUGAGAGGUUAUCGUCUGUGUGGGCAUUGUUUCAGUUUAACAAGGUGUUUUUGGCCUUUUUGAGUUUGGAGUUAUGAGGUUCUGACUUUUUUUUGUGAAAUCAUGACACUGUUAUCUAUCAAAUAUUUUUCUCACCUAAAAAGGGCACCAGGCUUUUAUUUAAGACAGGGUUUUUAUUCUGUGUCCUAUCCUCUUUGUUGCCUCAGUCUUUCUUUGUCAGUUUUACAUUAUAAGCCUCGCAGAGGUUUAUGGCCAGUGUCCCUUUAUUUUCCCAAAAGCUUUUACUUUGAAACUUUUGCUGAAAGUGACAUCAGGGAGGCCUGUGAAAUGUCUCUAACCAAAAUGCACUGUGUAUGCGUGAAGCUUUAUGUGGCACAUUUUCUUCCUCGCACAACAUUUGCAAAGCUGAGUUUCUCUGAUAGUUUACAUCCAGCAUUCUUCACAUCCUUGUUUACUGGCUCGCAGUCUGCUUCUUCACUACCUUUGCUGGUGCAUUAUCACUACCAGCUGUUAAGCACUAGAUGGGUGUACAUAUGCAAACGAAACAGGAAUCCCACGUUUAAAAAACAUUGCUCAGUAGCACUGCUGUGGGCGUAACAUCCUCUCAGGACGAGCCACAAAUGCGUAUUCGCCGAUUUACACAUACAGUAAAGGUCACAAAUGUGUAAAACCGAUUUGUGUGCGUCUCAUAAUAUGUAUAUAUAUAUAUGUAUAUUUACAUAACAAUCUGUAAAUACUUUAAAGAACUGCACACAGAAAACAAUGUUUACACAUUUGUAAAUCUUGAUUUUUAUCUGUAGAUUGAUGGUUUUGAGAGGAUUUUGCACCCAUACACCGGUGGUGGUCAGAAACAUGAAAGGGCACCAAAGUCGAACCAGUUGGCUUGAAAAAAUAAAGUAAAACUAAAUAAAACAGAUUUUUUUGUAUUGCAUUUACGGUGUAAAAUAAACCAACUGAAACAUUUAAAGGUGUCAGGACUGGCUGUGGUUGUGCCGCACUGCAGGGUGUGACACGAAAAGCUACUCACUGAUGGACAAUAUUAAUAAAAUGAAAAGAUGACAAGUAAAACUUUUGUGAAGACAUUUUACUUUCUUUGUGUAAAUUGAAUUUAAUUGUUAACAGUUUUCCUAAUUUGUAGUUUGAUAAGAUCUGUCAUCAGGAAAUGGUGAAAUACAUUAAUUUAAUAGUAGUUAACAACGUAAUAGGUUUAGCACAUGCUAAUGGCAGAUGAGGCAGGAAUGUUAUUUUAUGUCAAAAAUCUGGUUUUAUAGUAAUUAAUUUGUAAUGCAGAAGUAUAUUCACAGAUUUCAGUUUGCAUGUUAAUUUAGUUUUUGAGUGUAAUUCUCCUCUAGUGCAAUGCACAAAGCAGAUGGAGGAGCUGCUCACAGUGGGGAGGAAUCAAAAAUUGUACACAACAAUGAAGAAGCAGCUCCAGAAAAACCUCAGAGAGCAAAGAAAUCAAAUCUCUGAGUAGCUCUAUAGUUACUUGGCAGCAGCUUUCCCAAGUUGCAGUUGAAUUAAUCAAAAAGUGCUCAUUUUAACAGUACAAAAUGAAAAAAGUACCUUCUUUCAUAUACAAACUGCAAAAACCGACACUAGAACGAUGUGCAUAUUGUAGUAGUUUAUAUAGUAUACAGUAUGGAAUUAGGAGAGUAGUUGGUACAGCAUGACACUGUGCAACACCAUGCAUGUGAGCAGUUACUAUUGUAAAAGGGUCUUUUUCUUACCCUUUGUUUGGUACCAGGAAACAUACCACGUUUACUUAGGUUACCUGAGAAUUUACAGUAUCUGGAUAUGAAUGAAUCAUGAUAUUAAACAGGUUUAGGGUUUUGGAGAUGCAUGUUUUUAAAGGUGAAUCUUCUCACCCUUUGAAAACCACCUGCUGUUGUGCUGCACAGUGCUGUUUGAUCAAAUGUUAACUCAAAUAUCUGCCGCUUCUCAAAGCUGCUCUCAGAACCUUGUAACUCCACACACUGCUUGUUUCUGCUGCUCUGCAAACAGCACUGACACUUGUGGUCACACUUGUUUUCAGUAGUAAUGAGAAAAGAGUUGUGCU